CCGCUCUCUAGAAAAACGGAAAAAGCUUGCUCGACCUUUUUCCCUCAAAAACCUACUUUUUUCUUGACAAAGAAUCAACCUUUUUGUAUUCAUAUAUAUAAAUAUACUCCAUAUAUAUUUCUACAACACACAAAACCACAUAAAAUUAAUUGCUCCAUCUUUCUUUCUUUCUUUCUCUCUCUAGUUAGAAUGGGUCUGAGAGACAUCGGGCAUUCAUUGCCACCAGGAUUUAGGUUUUAUCGGAGUGAUGAAGAGCUGGUUUGCCAUUAUCUUCGAAAAAAGAUUGCAAACGAGCAACUUCUUAGAGGCACUUUAGUUGAAAUCGAUCUUCAUACUUGUGAGCCAUGGCAGCUACCUGAUAUGGCGAAAUUGAACUCAAAGGAAUGGUUCUUCUUUAGCUUCCGUGAUCGGAAAUAUGCAACCGGAUAUAGGACCAACCGGGCCACAAUCUCUGGCUACUGGAAGGCCACCGGCAAGGACCGGGCCGUGCUCGACCCGGUCAGCCAGGACAUUGUGGGGAUGAGAAAAACUCUAGUUUUUUACAAGAAUAGGGCACCCAAUGGGGUUAAAACUGGAUGGAUCAUGCAUGAAUUUCGCCUUGAGAACCCUCAUAUGCCUCCUAAGGAAGACUGGGUAUUAUGCAGAGUAUUUUAUAAAUCAAGUAGCAACCCACAAAAUUUGUAUGAUCAUUUUACAGCUGGUGACACUUCUCCUAAUUUGGCUGCAUCACCAACAAGUGAACAUGCCUUGCUCAAUAAUGAUGCUCAUCAAAACAUUAUCACCUCUUUCUAUCAACCCCAAAACCCUAACCUUAACCAUAACCCUAGCACCUCCCUCGGCCUAUCGCCCGAAUAUAUGCAUAUGUGCCCGGAUGAGCAUGACAAGGAUGUUGCGACUCAUCCAUUGGCCUCCAAUCUUAAUCACAGAAUGAUCGAGACCAAGUGCGAGGGUGACUAUGGAUUCUUGUUCGAUAUGAGCAUAGACUACUCGAACGGUGUAGCCUCUUAUCUGGAGGAUGCUAGAUUUGAUAAUGGCAGCAGCUCGGUUUUUAUAUGAAUUAUGUGUGAAUAUAUAUAUGUAUGUAUGUAACAUUUAUUUAUAUACUUGAUUCAUCUAGUAAACUGGAGUAGAUGUAGAAUUAAGGGGCAUUUGUGGAUUUGUAAUUAAGAAUUUAUGUGGUAGUUAGUAUGUGAUGUUUAGGUGAGGAAAUAUAUAUGAGUGAGAUGUGUAUAUGUGUUUUAGAAAAAAAAAAUGAAUUGAAUUUGUUAGGUUGUAUUAGUUCUGAAUUUGUAAUUUGUGUCA